AUGUUGUAUUCUCAUUUGCGUAAACUAUUUUCUAUUGUUUUCCUCCACCUCAGAGCAGACUAUUGUGAGAGGAACCUUUAUGGAGCGUAUUGGCAGGUAUUGGAGCUGGAGAUUCAAGUAUUGAAAUAUUUGGGCUAUCAACUAUUUUCCCCCACCACAAAAACUUUUCUAAGGCGAUUUCUUCGAGCAGCACAAGCUUCUUACAAGAUCCCUAGUCUAGAACUGGAGUACUUGGCGAACUAUCUAGCCGAAUCAACGUUAAUUGACUAUGGCUUUCUGAAUUUCCUUCCCUCUGCCAUAGCUGCAUCGGCUGUAUUUCUUGCCAGAUGGACUUUAGAUCAGUCAAACAACCCAUGGAAUCCAACUCUAGAACACUAUACCUCUUACAAGGCAUCAGAUUUGAAAACCAUAGUUCUUGCUAUACAAGCUUUACAGUUGAACACCAACGGUUGUUCUCUGAGUGUCAUACGCAUGAAGUAUAGGCAACAGAAGUUUAAAUCUGUGGCGGCUUUGUCUUCCCCAAAACUGCUCAAAACACUUUUCGAAAGAUAAAAUGGCUGUUGGAUACUGCAAAGGGGACUGCCAAAAAACAGGUAUACUUUCCAGAUGGAAGUGUCAUCUGGAUAUCUCAUUUACUCCAUGAGUUUCUGCCUGAUGCCUAUCUUUAAUCCUCUCUCAUGUCCAUUAAUAUCAUUUCCACAAAAUUUUUGAAAUCUUUGUUCAUAGUCUUUAUGAUCUUGAGUUGGGUUUUAUGGAACCUGUUUUUGUAAAGUUUAAACUAGCACAUCAUCAGCUGUAACCAAGAAUUACUUCAAGACAGGAAGUAGGUGAAUGUAAAUAUGGCAGCCAAAUCCUGAGUUCUUUUCACUAUA